CAAGCCCUUGGAACCAUGAGCGAAACCCUAUUUGGUUCUUCCUCUGAGUGGAUGCAACUGAAUCAACAAACCUUCGAUACGUCGUUCGGAUUCUCCGAUACGACUGCAGUCACUCUCACCGCAAACAGCUUAAGCCCUGUAGUAAUCACCGGUGUGGACCACUUGGCCCCCAAGGGCUUUAUAUCGAAGCCUAUUCGGAGACGGUCCAGAGCUUCUAAAAGAACGGCCAUCACCCUCCUCAAUGCCGAUGCCAAAAACUUCAGAUCGUUGGUGCAACAAUUCACCGGCUGCCGCCAUCGUAGCACCUCCAUUUCGUUCCGCGAUAGCACAAGAGGCCCUGUGAAUAUAAAUUUCGCGCAUGCAAAUGCUAAGAACGAUCACCACUAUAAUUACAGCACUGCUUCGGGUCAUGGUACGAUACUAUCGCAGCCUUUUGUUGACACCAAGCGUGAACAACAACAAUAUGAGUGUCAUUACCAGUACCAGCAGCAACUGUCAAAUGAAGAACAAGAAGGCGAAAUUUGUUUUGAAAGAAUUACGUUGCAUGAUGAUUUGUUUGCACAAGGGUUUGUCAUGGAUGAUUUGCUUUUCCUUGCAUGA